AUGACUGAUGAGGAUGGCACCAACGGGCUUGGGUUUGACGACCCAAGCUUCGGCUUCAUAGGCGGUGGCCCCGGGCCUCUCGAUGGAAUCUCAGAUGCUCCCAACUACGGCGGCGAUCCCUCGGCUGCCUUCCUUGACGCUGGAGUCUGGCCUCUAGACGCCUCAUCUCAGGCCAACUCGUACGACAUUAGCAGCAACACCACCCUCUCUUCAGCCCAGCCAGGAUACGUGUCCCCGUCCUGGCCAGCCCCAACUUUUGACCCGCGACAGCAGCAACAACAGCAGCAGCAGCAGCAGCAGCAACCCGACUCUAUCGCCUUUGGCCUACCCAACAUUGACCCUGCGUCAGUCUUCCUCCCCGGC